GCCUCUUCUCUUCAGGGGAGAGGGGUGUGCGUAAAUUCCCAGAUUCCCCGCCCCCUUUCCUUGGGCCGGUUCGGAUCUGGGUUCGAGCUUUUGCCUGUAAGCGCGCGCGCGUCAGUAUUUCGGCCGAAGCAGCACGAUGGAGUUGAGGCCAGUGUGCUGGCCCCCGCUGCCGCUGCUGCUGCUACUUGCAGGGCACAGCUUGGGCAGCUCUGGCCUGCUGCCCCUCGUCGUCAACACUUGGCCUUUUAGGGGUGCAACCAUAGCAGCAUGGCAAAAACUACAAGCUGGAGGUUCUCCAUUAGAUGCAGUUGAACAGGGAUGUGCUUGGUGUGAGAGAAAUCAGUGUGAUGGCAGUGUGGGAUUUGGUGGAAGUCCUGAUGAAUACGGAGAAACAACAUUGGAUUCUAUGAUUAUGGAUGGCACCACCAUGGAAGUAGGAGCAGUAGCCGAUCUCAGACGAAUUAAAAAUGCUAUUGGUGUAGCAAGAAAAAUAAUGGAACAUACAAAACACACACUUUUAGUGGGAGAAUCAGCUACCCAGUUUGCUGAAAGUAUGGGAUUUGCAAAUGAGGAAUUAUCUACUAAUGCUUCUCGUUCUCUCUAUUUCAACUGGCUGAGCAACAAAUGUCAGCCAAAUUUCUGGAAGAAUGUUAUACCAGAUGCAUCAAAGUCCUGUGGACCAUAUAAACCAUCUAGAGUCCUAAAACAGCACCUUCACACGUCUGAGAAAAUAAAUAUUCACAGUCAUGAUACUAUUGGCAUGGUUGUAAUCAGUAAGACAGGACAUAUUGCUUCUGGCACAUCCACGAAUGGUGCGAAGUUCAAAAUACCUGGUCGAGUCGGGGAUUCUCCAAUAGCAGGAGCUGGCUCUUAUGCUGAUAGCACUGCUGGAGGGGCUGCUGCUACUGGAGAUGGUGACAUCAUGAUGCGCUUUUUACCCAGUUACCAAGCAGUAGAAUACAUGAGAAAAGGAGAAGAUCCAACUCUAGCUUGUCAGAAAGUUAUUUCCAGAAUCCAGAAAUAUUAUCCUGAGUUUUUUGGGGCAGUUAUAUGUGCCAAUACAACUGGAAAUUAUGGUGCCGCCUGCAACAAACUUCCGGGAUUUUCUCAGUUUCGUUUCAUGAUUUAUCAUCCUCUGCAAAGUCAGCCAAUUGAAGAAAAAGUAGACUGCAUUUAAUUCUUCUUUUCUGUCAACAUCUAUAUUUUUAAAAAAGAAGGAAGAAACAAAGGCUGUAAAGGUUCACUAGCUGCCAUUUUUGAACAUGUUCCUGCUCUAUACUAUAUUCCCUUGUGUCAGUAUGAGCAUCAGAGUAAAUUUGUGCUGACAUGGCACUCUACAUUCUCCACUUGAAUUUUGUUUACCCUGUCAAAAUGCUAUUUAAACUCUCUUACUUUGUCAGAAUGUGAGGAAAAAAAAAAAAAAAAUAUAUAUAUAUAUAUAUAUAUGGAUUAGAUGAUCUUAGAAUUCUUUUCUUCCUGAGUUUAAUGAAGUUAAUAUAUUGAGAUAUCAUAUUGUGGUACAGCUGAGAAAUGAUCACUGUCUAUAGAGUCAGAAAAUUUGGUUUCAGAUCUUAGCUCUGAUGAUUCCUAUUUGGAUAAAUCACUUAACUUAUCUGAGCUUCACUUUCCCUCUUCUGUAAAAUAAGGACUAGAUGGCCUCUUAAAACCUAGAAUUCAUGAACAGAGAAAGAGAAAAAGAUAGCUAGAUGACUACUGUUUUAAUUGGUUUACGCUGUUAUCCUAAUUUUUUUUUUUAUCUUAUGCAUUUAAAAGUUUUAUUCUGAGAAGGGUGCCAUAAGCUUGACCAGAUUGCUGAGAGCAUUUAGUUGAAAACAGCAUUGAGAACCCCUGCUCUAACAUCCCUUCAGCUCUAAAUCUUUAAUUCUAUGAGUGUUCAUACUAUUACCAUCGAAUCGUUUUUUUAGGAAUCUUCUUGCCACCCCCUUAAAAAUAAAACAAACCCACAAAUGUCUCCAUAAGUGGCAUUCUUUUUGAAAUGUCCAAGUAUUUUAGUUGAGGAGCUAAAAUGAGGCAAGGCAUGAUUAGUCAUGAUUGAAUUUCUGUAUGUUACAGUGAUUUAUCCCUUAUCACUGAUUAUUGUUCCUCUUAUAUCUAGCUUUAGCAUCUGCCUUCUGGCAACUUGGAAAGAGAAGAUUUCAGUAUAGCAUCUCAUUUCCCUUCCAUUUCUGCUCUUUCCUUAAUACUCUAGAUGCUUUUGUGUGUGUAAUGGAAAAUGUGGGCAGUGUGCUGAUGAGCAGUUUUAUUGAUUAACUUGCUCUGUGUCCAUCUGAAGGAGCCCUUGUGGUGGAUAGGCAGGGUUCUCAAACCAUGUUUCCAUUAUUAUCUUUUACCAACUUGCUGCAUUUCUAAUAGCAGUAGUCCAUGUGGAAAGUGUUUUAAUUUGGGAAACAUCAUCUUUGAUUGAGUCUCCCCAUCCCUUGGAGGUUCUCUUCUUCUACCCCACCUCCACCCCCUAUUCCUAGCACCACCACCAUUUGGCAUAUAGAAAUCCUUUGCUUUGCUUGGGGUGUGUGUACUUUCUCCUGACAAGUAUUCUCGAAUCCUUCAAGUUCACACUCAGUGGUAAUUUAGAAGUUAUUAAUACAAAUUACUUGUUAUUAGCUGGCAUUCAGUUUUCUUAGCAUAUUAACUUUUAUGUUUUGUAGCUACAAAUUUGGGUUUGGAGGCCAGCCAUAGGAAAAUGCCACAAUUUCACAUUAAAUGCUGUCAUAUAUUGUAAUCGGCCCUUAAUGGCUCCUAUGAUGUGCAGCACACUUGAGUUUGUGCAGAGGGUGCCUUAAAAGGUGUCUUUCAAAGCAAUGUUAAAUUUCCCCUUUGCUAUAAAAAUAAUAAUAAUUCAUAUUUAUAUGCUACUUUAUAGUUUACAAAAUUCUUUCCUCAUAUCAGGGAGGCAGCAGAGUCUAGUGGAUAGAGUGUUAACCUUGAAACUAGGAAGGCUUGGGUCUUAGUCCUUCCUAUCUGUGAUACAUUAAUAUUUGGUGAGCUUGAGCAAGUCCCACAAUCUCUCUAUGUUCUGGGCAGUUCUCUAAAACUAAGUUGUGGAACAUGUGCAAGUCUGUGUGGGAGAAGGGAGUUCCCUAUACUAAGGAAGCCAUAGAUCCCCAUCUCAAGUGGAUAAUUUCAGUGUCUAGACUACAUAACCCUAACCCACUUAUAAGGCUGAGGGAUUUGGAUGGAGUUCUGAUAAUAUUUCCAGUCAAAGAGACUUUAGUCAGAUUUGCCAGUCAAAUGAAAUAAUGCAUGUAAAGUUCUUGCAAACCUUAAAAGAUUUGUACAAAUACUAACUAUUUUUAUUAAGUGCCCAGAGAUGUGUGUGGUUAUGUGCAGGGUAUGUGGUUUCCCCCCUUCUGUCUGUUUUUACUGCUAACAUAAUAUAGCAUAGAAGAAGCUCAGCAGGCUAUAAAUUUGAUGAGUAGAUCAUAGGGACACACUAGUGGCUCAUUUCCUGUUAAAAUAAUUCUUAGCAUUGCUAGCCAUAUAGGAUUAAUUACACCUUCCACCUGGGCUACUGAAAAACACUUCACAGUUAAAAUAUCCUUCUGAAGAUAGGAUGCAAAGCAUCUGAAGAUUCCCAGAGGGACUCUUGACAAUGUUUAGACCACAAAUUAGAUGUUUGUGAUUCUUAAUCUAGUCUAACCAGAAGGCUACAUUCUUUCUGACUUUGUAAAACCUUAACACUUAUUUGCAAAUUCAUUAGAAUUCAAAAUGCAGGGAGUAUGCUAGAUUCUUGCUUAUCCUAAAUCAGUUUAAUGGUUACAGGCCCUAGGUAGACAGGGAGUGGUUUCUGUUCUCAGUAUUAGCAGCCUAGUUCUCAUUGAUAGCUAAGACUUAGUCACAUGAAUUAGUUUUCUUGUGUUAUAUUUUUUUAAAUUACAGAAGGCAAUCAAUAAACUGUGACACUCUUGCUAGGCUAAAUAAUCUCAGUUCUGUAUUACCAUUCUUGCAUGCCCUUCAUUUCUUUGCUUCAAGAAUUACCCGAUGUAAUUGUUUUCAGAAUUUAAUUGAAAAUUAAAACUUUAUUAAAAAGUGAGCUAACAAAA